CCGCUGCCCAGCUCCGCCGCGGCUACGCGGCGCUGAAGCGGCGCACGCAGCCGCUGGCUGAGUGGGUCCGGAGGAUGGAGCUUGACUACUGCCGAGAACUUUCCAAGCAGCACCAGAUGUUGCAAGAGGAGGUGAAUGCUUUCUGCCAGCAACCGGAGAGUCCCGCGGACGCCUUGGCGGCGCAGCGUCUGGUCAGAGCACUGCGGCUGCAUGAGACGCGGCGCUUGAAACGCAUGGGUCCCAGAGCCGAUGGAGGCUAUGUUGUUUUUGACCAUGGUUUUCGACCUUUGUGCAAGUACUUGCUCAGUUAUGGCGUGGGGACCAACGUGGACUUCGAAUGGGAGCUGGGGGGCACGCGAAGCUGGGUGGCACCGGCGGCUCAGAAGAGUUCGUCAGAGGUGCAGGGCUUUCAUCCGGAAAUUCGUUGUGAAACCACUGGGAAAGAGGACAAAGCGCAAGGUCAGGAGUGCAAUCCAGUUGCUGGCUGGACAUCAUUCCUACGAUCAGAGACAAGUCCCACCCCAGAUCUGGUGGCAGCUAGGGAUGACGUGGUCUUGUCAGCAGAGUAUUGCAGGAAUUGCAGAGCUCAUUGGUCCAAAGUAUGGGUGAAGCCGAAGCGCCGUUCAAGGAGCAAGAGCGCCAAGGCUACCUCCUAUCGAGACGCAGCUCAUCAAGAGCCAGUAGAGGAGAAUGUGGAUUGGAAUGUUUUUCCAUUGAAAGCACCAUGGAUACCAACCACGCCCUCCAGUCGGGUGCAAGGCAAGAAAGGGGAGACGACAGUUGGAGCUGGGUCCAAUGUGCCCAGCGCACAACAAGUAGUCCAACCAGCACAAGUGAGCAACACCGACAUGGCUUUGACUGCGGAGGAGGAAAAGAUUUUAGAAAACCUGAAAGGGUUGCAAGAGGCGGGUUUGGAGCUUUCCAUGGACAUGCAGCAGAAACUAGAAAUUCUAGUUGCCAAGCAAGCAGUUGGAGCCAAAAAACCGCUGACUCAUGGGCAUCUCAAUCGCUUGAACAAGGUCAAGUCGCAAUUGACGAAUGCAGCCAAAAGAAUCGAGGAGCUGGACCAGGAAUGGUCAAGCUUUGUCCAGAAGAAUAUGGAGAAGGUCAAGCAGCAUGCGGCUAUGUAUCAGUCCUGCAGAGCGGAUCUUCUCGAAGCUUACAACACCAAGUUGGAGGAGCUCUCAAUGUUGAAGAAAGAGAUGACAGAAGCAUCCUUGUCCAUGUUGGCACCGGCAGUCACAGUGGCGCCCAUGGAGAAGAAUGUGGAUGUGGAACAACAGAUUCACAGCUUGAAAGAAGUCAUCGACAUAGAGAGUAUCGUGGGUGCCGUGGAUUUGACCGAAGACAUGGACGAGGAGGUACAAAUGGGGGGAGGAAGCACUGCAGCCAGCAAGUGUCUGCCCAAGAAUCCCAAGCCUUUUCGUGGGGCGGCAUCUCCAACCAAGGUAGCCAAUCAGCAUCUAAAGCAGAAAGCUCAAGAUGCGAAAGAAACAAAAGCCAAGGAGUGA